CAGAGAACAGACCGGGGCCUGCUUGCAAACUUCUGUGUUGACAAAUAUUUUGAUAAUUUUCUAUUUAGCUAGUUAACGUUAUAUUACCUACUUUGGGAUGGAGUUUUGAUAUGGCUUCUUUACAAAAUGCUGACCCGGCGUUGAGGGAAUAUAUACUGCAGCAUUCCUUGCCCCAAAUAUUUCAGGCAUUAUUAACAGGUUUAUGUGUGUCGUGUCCUGAAAGUCCAUUACAUUUUCUGGAAAGGAAGAUUGUGUCUAUUCAGGAAAACCGGGACACUGCUGAGAUUGAUUGGCAUACAUGUGUUGAUGAUCCAGAACAAGUUGCCGUGACCUCACUGGCAGGAAGCAUGGUGCAUGACAUCUUUGGGAAACGAGAUGAUACACUGUUUCUCUCCCAUUUGUUUGAGAAGGCCUACUCCUGUUACAGAAUAAAUUUAACAAAUAUGUGCUUCAAGGCGUGGAAAAGGUUCAUCUGGAAUAAGCGGAAGGAGGCCAGGGAGUUGACGCUGAAGAUGGAGACAGCUGAGAGGCACUACAUACAGAGGGGCCUGAGGGUCGCACUCUGCAAGUGGGUGGAGUGGGUACAGGUCUGCAAGAGAAGGCAGAACGAUGCCAUGAAGAAGAUCCAGCGAGUGUGGAAUGCUAUCCACUGUAAGAUUGUCAUAGGUGCUUGGCGCUAUGUGGUGCAGGACUCAAAACGGACAAAGGAGUACUUUGAGAGACUGGAGAAUGGUCUGUUGGAGAUGAGCAGUAAGGACUCUGACGUUGCCAUUGGAGAGGGACAUGACGGACUCUCACUGCUACCUUGCAAGCUCUCAAUAAAGGUCUUCCAGAGACUAGACGUAGGAGACCUGCUGAAAUGUGCAGAAGUGUGUCGGACCUGGAAAGCCAUCGCUCAGACCUGCUCACUGUGGAGUCGGAUCAGUUUCUCUGUGGAGAGGGACUGGAUCACAGACCGCAUCGUGGAACAGAUCCUACAGAAGUACCGGCCAUUUGUAGUUCACCUUAACAUGCGUGGCUGCACCUCUCUACAGUGGCCAAGCUUCAAAUGUAUCAGUGAAUGCAGAAACCUACAGGAGCUGAACCUUUCAGAGUGUUUCAACAUUAAAGAUGAGAUGGUGUGUAUGAUUCUAGAAGGCUGCCCCACUCUGCUCUACCUGAACCUGUCCUUCUCAUAUGUGGCCAAUGGGACUCUCAGAGAGCUCUCCAGGAGCUGUCUGAACCUGCAAUUCCUGAGUUUAGCAUGCUGCCGUAGGUUCACUGAUAAAGGCUUACAGUACCUGGCCUCAGGGAAGGGCUGCCACAAGCUCAUCCACCUUGACCUCUCUGGCUGCACUCAGAUUUCAGUGGAAGGUUUCAGGUACAUAGCAGCGGGCUGCCCUCUGCUCCAGCAGAUAGUCUUCAAUGACAUGCCUACUCUGUCAGACAGCUGUGUGCUGGAGCUGGCCUCUAAGUGUCACUCUCUGUCUGCCGUCUCCCUAUGGGACACCCCCCAUCUCUCAGACUCCGCCUUCAAAGCCAUCGCUGAGGUGGCCAACCUCUCCAAGUUCAGUGUUGAUGGUAACCGUCGUAUGUCAGACAUCAGUUGGAGGGCUCUGUGUCGUAGCUCUCCAGGCCUUACGAGACUCCAUGCUGCUGACUGCCCUAGAAUGACUGACUCCAGCCUAAAGUCUAUGGGCGCCCUCAAAAACCUGGUCUACCUCAACAUCUCACACUGCAGCAGGGUGAGUGACAUGGGGCUGCGGUACCUGACUGAGGGGCCUUCUGCCUCUAAACUGCGGGAGCUGAAUCUGAGCAACUGCAGCCGUAUCAACGACUUAGCUAUCAUGAGGGUGGCUCAAAAGUGCAGUAAGCUGAACCACCUGAGUGUGUCUUACUGUGAUAACCUGUCUAAUUCUGGUCUGGAGUGGCUCAGUAGCUGUUCCUCUCUCCUCUCUCUGGACAUCAGUGGCUGCAACAUCAUGGACCAGGGGUUGAUUGCUCUAGGUGGGAACCCUGGCCUGAAGAAGCUGGUUGCCUCUGAGUGUGUCUGGAUCACUGACAUUGGCAUAGAGAAGUUCUGCAGGCAGGCGAGAGGUCUGGAGUAUAUUGACGUGUCUCACUGUGUAGCUCUAUCUGACCAGGCCAUCAAGGCUCUGUCCUUCUACUGCAGGACUAUAGUCACGUUACGCAUGCCUGGCUGCCCAAAGAUGACAGACCUGGCGGUACAGUACCUGACAGUAGGGCGUCACUUCCUGAGAGAGCUGGACGUGAGUGGCUGUGUUCUGCUGACUGAUCGCACACCACGCUUCCUACAGACAGGCUGCCCACAGCUCAACACCAUCAACAUGGUCUACUGCAGGGGAAUAUCCAAGCAGGCGGCUCUGAGGCUCCAGCCCUGUGUUGAGAAGUGGGAGCACAGUAACGAUGACGCCCCCUACUGGUUCGGCUAUGACAGUCUUGGCCAGCUGCUGCAGCCAAUCGGACGACCCGACAAGAUCCAGGACACCUGGGAGGAAGAGGAGCCAGCACCAAGAAACAACAAAAAGAAGAAUUUGAUAAAGGCCUGUGGGGAGGACUACGAAUGAAUACAGCAUGAAUACACACACAGUCCAUGAAGAUAAACAAACGCACAACGACUUAGUUUAUACAGUACAUACACACCGCCUCACAAUCUACGGUAAAUCAAAUCCCUAACACAUACACUGCACCUUACAUUAACUCCAGCUCAGAUAUCAAGCAAUGGAAAGGAAUGGCCAAAGAUUAAUAACCAGAAAACAAUAUUUUGUAUCUGAGAAUCAAUGCGGUAUAUACAUGUAUGCAGUAUAUACAGUAUAUACAUUUAUGCAAAGCUUCUGCAUCAUACUGUUUCAAAGCUUUCUUCUAUGCAUUGCAACACAAGACAGAUGAUUGAAUUUCAUAAUUACAUCAAUUUUAGCUUGGAAAUAAUCAUAAAAAAAUAAAUGUCCUCAAUAUGAUUAGAUUUAUUUGUCAUUGUCAACACUUUUCCCAGUUUUUUUUAUUUGCAGGAAAUUGAUCCCCCCAAAACCUAUUUUGUACAUUUUGCAGUUCCCACCCUGUGGUAAGAAAGUCUUAAGAGUUCUUCUUGCUUUGACUGUUGCACACACACUAACCACAGCAGUCUCUGAACUUCUCAAAAGUCCAGUUAGACUUCACGCUCAAUACCUGACUGAAUAUGUGAGACCUGAAUGUUGUUCAGUGUUUCAAUCUAAGAGCUCUGCUGAUGACCACAAAGACAAUGACUGAACUAGCCUGGCUGUCAGCAUGCCACUAUAUUUCUGCUUGAGCCCUCUCGUGACAACAGUUGGCUAAAGCAGAAACAUGACUGAGUUACCUCUACUAACCAUGAUCAUGUGCUACAACUGUAUAUAGACAUAUAAUAUAGCCUGCAGUUUCCGUUAUCACAUAUGUAGCAUAGCCUUUACUUUCAGGAAUGUUAUUCACUUCUAAAACAAUAGAUUGAGAACAGAAAUCAGUUGUAGACCAUUUGCUUGGGUAAGAAAUUGGCACCCUUGAUAAAGAUGAGCAAUAAUAACUGAAGGGAAAGGGGGAUACCUAGUCAGUUGUACAACUGAAUGCCUUCAACUGAAAUGUGUCUUCCGCAUUUAACCCAACCCCUCUGAAUCAGAGGUACGGGGGGGCUGCCUUAAUCGACAUCCACGUCUUCGGCGCCAGGGGAACAAUGGGUUAACUGCCUUGGUCAGGGGCAAAACAACACAUUUUUCCUUGUCAUAAAAUAAAUAAAAUACUGAGCAAUAUUGUAUGUAAUAUUUUGGGGGGAAAUGAAUGUUAUACUAACACAAUUUCUCAGAGAAAGAGAUUUUGUUUAACAAGUAAUAGUUUUCCUCAAAAGGGUAGGUGUCAAAAUUAUUGACACCUCUUAUGAAUAAAGUAGUCAAAAGUUUAGUAUUUGGUCCCAUAUUCCUAGCACGCAAUGACUACAUCAAGCUUGUGACUCUACAAUCUUGUUGGAUGCAUUUGCAGUUAGUUUUGGUUGUGUUUCAGAUUAUUUUGUGCCCAGAAGAAAUUCAUGCUAAAUAAUGUGUCAUUUUGGAGUCACUUUUAUUAUAAGUAAGAAUAUAAUGUUUCUAAGCACUUCUACAUUAAAUGUGGAUGUUACCAUGAUUACAGAUAAUCCUGAAUGAAUUGUGAAUAUUUAUGACUAUUUGGAUUUGGAUUUAUUAUGGAUCCAGCAGCUCCUCUUCAUGGGGUCCAGCAAAAUUAAGGCAGUUUAUACCAUUUCUAAAACAUUACAAUACAUUCACAGAUUUCACCACACACUGUGUGCUUCAGGCUACCACAUAUCUACAGUACUAAAUCCAUGUGUAUGUAUAUCGUGUGUGUGUGUGCCAAUGUUUGUGUUCAUCUGUUUUUUAAAUAUAAUUUUACUGGUGGCAUUAGUUACUUGAUGUGGAAUUGAGUUCCAUGAAUUCAUGGCUCUAUUUAGCAAUGUGUGCCUCCCAUAGUCUGUUAUGGAUUUGAGGACUGUGAAGAGACCUCUUGUGGCAUGUCUUAUACAUAUACCUCUCAUAAAUAAAAGUAGCGAUGAAGUCCAUCUCUCCUCCACUUCAACCAGGAGAGAUUGACAUGCAUAUUAUUAAUAUUAGCUCUCUCUAUACAUUCAAGGGCCAGCCGUGCGGCUCUGUUCUGAUCCAACUGCAAUUUUCCUAAGUCCUUUUUUGUGGCACCUGACCACACGACUGAAUGGUAGUUGAGGUGCAACAAAACUAGGGCCUGUAGGACCUGCCUUGUUGAUAGUGUUGUUAAGAAGGCAGCGCAUCGCUUUAUUAUAGACUUCUCCCCAUCUUAGCUACUACUGCAUCAAUGUUUUGACUGUCACGAUUGUCGUCAUGGUGGAAAAGACCGGACCAAGGUGCAGCAUUUAUUUAUAAAUGUCGCCAACAAAACAAAGAAUAAGGACACGACCGUGAAGCUUACUUCGACUAUACAGGCCACUAACAAAGACAACUACCCACAACUAAGGGGGAAAAACAGGCUGCCUAAGUAUGAUUCCCAAUCAGAGACAGCGAUAGACAGCUGUCCCUGAUUGAGAACCAUACCCGGCCAAAACAUAGAAACAGAAAACAUAGAAAUAAAGAAACUAGAAUGCCCACCCUAGUCACACCCUGGCGUAACCAAAAUAGAGAAUAAAAGCCGCUCUAUGGCCAGGGCGUGACAUUGGCCAUGACGGUUUACAAUCUAGGGUUACUCCAAGCAGUUUAGUCAUCUCAUCUUGUUAAAUGUUCACAUUAUUUAUUACAAGAUUUAGUUGAGGUUAAUGGUUUAGUGAGUGUUUUGUUCCAAAUACAAUGCUUUUAGUUUUAGAAAUAUUUAGGGCUAACUUAUUCCUUGCCACCCACUCUGAAACUAACUGCAGCUCUUUGUUGAGUGUUGCAGUCAUUUCCGUCGCUGUAGUAGCUGACGUGUAUAGUGUAUAGUCAUUCGCAUACAUAACUCUGGCUUUACUGAAAGUUAGUGGCAUGUCGUUAGUAAAGAUUGAAAAAUUGUGGGCAGAGCUGAAAAAGUGUGUGGAAGCGAGGAGGCCUACAAACCUGACUCAGUUACACCAGCUCUGUCAGGAGGCAUGGGCCAAAAUUCACCCAACUUAUUGUGGGAAGCUUGUGGAAGCCUACCUGAAAUAUUUGACCCAAGUAAAAAAUGUAAAGGCAAUGCUACCAAAUACUAAUUGAGUGUAUGUAAACUUCUGACCCACUAGGAAUGUGAUGAAAGAAAUAAAAGAUGAUAUAAAUAA